AAAUGACCGUGAUUGCUGGGGAGAACAUGGACGAGACCUCAGCCCUACCUGGGCACCCUCAAGACAGCUACCAACCAGACCAUGAGGAUCAUGAGUGCUGUGAGAGGGUGGUCAUCAAUGUGGCUGGGUUACGGUUUGAGACCCAGUUAAAGACCCUAGCACAAUUCCCUAAUACAUUGCUUGGGAACCCCAAAAAGAGGAUGCGUUAUUUUGACCCUCUUAGAAAUGAAUACUUUUUUGAUCGCAACAGGCCCAGUUUUGAUGCCAUAUUGUAUUACUACCAGUCUGGAGGCAGGCUCCGCAGGCCAGUGAAUGUACCCCUGGACAUGUUUUCAGAAGAGAUCAAGUUUUAUGAAUUAGGGGAAGAAGCGAUGGAGAAAUUUCGUGAGGAUGAAGGUUUUAUAAAAGAGGAGGAACGCCCUUUACCAGAAAGAGAGUUCCAGCGUCAGGUGUGGCUUUUGUUUGAAUACCCUGAGAGCUCAGGACCAGCCAGGAUCAUUGCCAUAAUUUCGGUCAUGGUAAUCCUUAUUUCUAUUGUUAUUUUCUGCUUGGAGACUUUACCAGAACUGAAGGAAGAACGGAUUUUCAGUCGCAGGAUGGACAACAAUACAGUUUUCUUCAAAUCAAACAUCUUCACGGAUCCCUUCUUUGUGGUGGAAACCCUCUGCAUCAUCUGGUUUUCAUUUGAGUUGGUGGUAAGGUUCUUUGCUUGUCCCAGCAAACCAGAGUUCUUCAAGAACAUUAUGAACUUUAUUGAUAUAGUGGCCAUCAUCCCAUACUUUAUCACCUUGGGGACUGAAAUGGCAGAGCAAGAAGGUCCCCAAAAAGGGGAGCAGGCAACAUCUUUGGCCAUCCUGAGGGUCAUCAGACUGGUAAGAGUCUUUAGAAUCUUCAAACUCUCCAGACAUUCUAAGGGCCUCCAGAUUUUGGGACAAACCUUGAAAGCUAGCAUGAGAGAACUAGGGUUGCUAAUCUUUUUUCUAUUCAUUGGGGUCAUCUUGUUCUCCAGCGCAGUGUACUUUGCUGAAGCAGAAGAGGAUGAAUCUCAUUUUACAAGUAUCCCUGAUGCUUUCUGGUGGGCGGUGGUAUCCAUGACCACUGUGGGCUAUGGUGACAUGUACCCUGUGACAAUUGGAGGCAAAAUCGUAGGCUCCUUGUGUGCCAUUGCUGGUGUCCUGACAAUUGCCCUUCCUGUACCUGUCAUCGUGUCCAACUUCAACUACUUCUACCACCGAGAAACUGAAGGGGAGGAACAGGCUCAGUUACUUCAUGUUAGUUGCCCCAAUUUAGCCUCGGACAGUGACCUAAGUCGUCGCAGCUCUUCUGCUAUGAGCAAAUCUGAGUACAUGGAGAUUGAAGAGGAUCUGAAUAAUAGCAUAGAUAAUUUUAGAGAGUCAAAUCUCAGAACUGGCAACUGCACCGUAGCCAAUCAGAACUGUGUUAACAAAAGCAAGCUACUAACAGAUGUGUAGAUCGAGGUACACAACUGCAGGAUGUCAAUGGCUCUGCCACUUUCUGUAGAUGCUUUAAAACUAGUCUUUGAAUGCUUUACCUUUUCAUCGUUAAUGCAUUGUUGCAUUGCGAAAUUGUGCUCAGCGAACAAAGAAGCUUUCAGGAUCCGUGAAAGAUAACUAUUAAUCAUUUAUUUUUAAAUGGGAUAUUUUUGGUUCUUCUUCUUCCAGCCCGUCGAUGGGGAAAAUAUCUCCCGACCAGUUCUAAUAAUGAAAGGGUUAAAAACAAAUUACUACAGGACAGCAAGUGAUUAACACUUUCACCCCUUGCUUGUCAAUCACAAAAGUUUCAAAUGGCAACUAUUGAUUUAAAGAGAUAUGCAUGGAUUUACACUAGAUUUUCAAAGACAACAAUGUAGAGCAUCUGAGGAAGUGCAUCCAAAUGAAAGG